AUGGAGAACACGCUCAUCUCCAUCCCCAUCCGCCUCGGCCGCGACCGCACCCUGCACAUCCAGCAGAAGCCCAAGAGCGGCAUCACCACCGCCGGCGGCCUUCUCGGCGCUCUACAAUCCAUCACCAGCAGCAUCGCCAGCCGCUCCGGCGCCAUCCACCUGCAGCACGUUCCCGCCGACGCGCCAGCCGUGCUCGACGUCCUCGGCGCACCCGGCACCUCGCACGACGUGCAAAACGACAUCACCGACUCCGCGCAGACCAUCGUCGUGCACACCGCCCCCGCGGAGCCCCUGCAGAUCUACCUGCGCUGGCCCCGGGAUGCCGUCGGCCUGGCGCGCCUCCACCUGCAGACCGCCGACUACCCGAUCCGGUCCGCCAUCGAGGCGCCGCCGCCGCCGCUCGCGCGCGAGUUACUCGUCGAGACGCGCAGCGGCAGCGUCGCCGGCCCGCUCCCCAUGGAGCACCUCCUCGACGUGUCCACCAGCUCCGGCCCGGUGGGCAUCACUUUGCUCCCACUGCGUCUGGAGAAGGCGGCGUCCUCGGAGUGCAAGCUCUCGGUCAAGACGAGCUCGGGCUCGGUGGGCGUCAACGCGGCGGUCGACCCGGCGAAUGCGCACGCACACCUGCCGGGCCGGGACUGCGCGGUCGCGCUGCAGACGUCCUCGGGGAGCAUCCGUGCGGUGCUCGGCCUGACGCGCUCCGUCAGCGUGCGGUCCACCAGCGGCUCGCAGAACUUGACGGGUGUGCUGCGCGACAUGAGCCGCGACCGGAGGUCCGACUUUUCGAGCAGCACCACCAGCGGCUCGCAGAGCAUCGCCGUCGUGGCCGCCGCGGACCUGGACACCACCAACCCCCCAGCAGCGGAGAAGGCAGCACCGGCGGAGAAGAAGGCGGCGGACACGGAGAGCGGCUUCGUGUGCAAGCACGCGGCGGGCAGCGGCAGCGUGAGAGUGGUGUACCCGCCGGCGUGGGAGGGCACGGUGGAGGCGCGCAGCGGCUCGGGGAGCGUGGCGGUCACGGGCGGCGGCGUCGAGACGGACAGGCCGGCGCGGAACAGGGUCACGGGCGUCAAGGGCGCGCGGCCGCUGCACCACACGGACGUGAGCACGGGCUCGGGCAGUAUAUCGGUCAAGUUUGGGGAGGCGUGA